UUCUGUGGCGACGGCGGGAGAGGAAACCUCUCAGUCUUCGUUCGUCUCUUCUGCUACCCCUUGGUGACGGCGUGUGCUCGUGACCAUGUCGUUUACCUCGCGGCUGAAGGUCCUGGCGGGCUCCCUAGCCGCGUGCGGCUCCCUGUACGCCGGAGUCCGCUACUUCAGCGACAGACCACAACCUCUCAGUGCUGCUGAAGGCAGCAAUGAGUCACCAGUCCCUCCCCUCACGAUCCCCACCAGAUCAGAGCAAAUGGCCAGACUGCGUGUUGGAGAGGAAUUUGAUAUCCUAAUCAUUGGGGGCGGGGCCACUGGUUGUGGCAUUGCUCUGGACUCUGUGUUAAGAGGGUUCAACACAGCCCUCAUAGAAAGGUAUGACUUCUCCUCCGGGACCAGCAGCCGCAGCACCAAGCUCAUCCACGGUGGUGUGCGUUAUUUGGAGAAGGCCAUCAAGCAUUUUGACUAUGAACAGUACAAGUUGGUGAAGGAGGCUCUGCACGAGAGAGCCAACCUACUAAAGAUAGCCCCUCACCUCUCUGCCCCUCUUCCAAUCAUGCUCCCUGUCUACAGAUGGUGGCAGGUUCCAUAUUUCUGGGUGGGCAUAAAGGCCUACGACUUGAUUGCCGGACGCCAGCUAGUGAAAUCCUCCUACUAUGUCUCCAAGUCAAAGGCACUGGAGGAGUUCCCGAUGCUGAAGAACGACCGGCUCUGUGGGGGCAUCGUCUACUACGAUGGUCAGCACAACGAUGCCAGGAUGAACCUGGCCAUAGGCCUGACUGCUGCGAGAGAAGGAGCAACUGUGACCAACCACGUGGAGGCCGUCGGAAUCAUCAAGGAACAAGUCCGUCCUUACUCAGAGGAGGGGGAAGAGGUGGUGAGAGGGGCAAGAGUGAGAGACGCCCUCACUGGAGAAGAGUGGGACGUGCGGGCAAAGGUUGUCAUCAAUGCCACUGGUCCGUUUGUGGACAAGGUAAGACACAUGGACGAUCCUGAGGCUCGUAAUCUGGUGAUGCCGAGUGCAGGUCUACACAUCGUCCUGCCAGGUUACUACAGUCCACGGACCAUGGGUCUCCUGGACCCAGCCACCAGCGACGGACGUGUCAUCUUCUUUCUUCCCUGGGAGAAUCUGACAAUAGCAGGAACGACAGACUCCCCCACAGAGCUGACCCAUCUCCCCAUGCCCAGAGAGGAGGACAUCAAAUUCAUUCUCUCUGAGAUCAAGGCCUACCUCUCUCCCAAUCUGUCAGUCCGCAGAGGAGAUGUACUGGCAGCUUGGAGUGGGAUCCGUCCGCUGGUGUUUGACCCAAACAAGGCUGACACUCAGAGCGUGGCCAGGAACCACAUUAUUGAGGUCAGGGACAGCAGACUCAUCACCAUCUCUGGAGGGAAAUGGACGACGUACCGCUCCAUGGCAAAAGACGCUGUGGACAAGGCGGUGGAGGUGGGAGGGCUGGGCGACGACAGAGGUUGUCUGACCGACGGGUUCUUACUGGUGGGAGGGGGAGGCUGGUCUCCCACCCUCUUCAUCAGACUCAUCCAGGACUACGGCUUCGAUAUCGACGUGGCCAAGAAUCUGGCCAAUACAUAUGGAGACCAGGCCCCAGAGGUGGCUAAACUGGCAGCUCUCACUGGCAGAAGAUGGCCAGUCCUAGGGCUGCGGUUGUCCCAGGAGUUCCCAUACAUUGAAGCUGAGGUCAAGUACGCAGUGAGGGAGUAUGCCUGCACGGCCGUCGACGUGCUGGCUCGCAGGACGAGGCUGGCCUUCCUGAAUGUCCAGGCGGCUCACGAGGCCCUGCCCAGGAUCAUGGAGAUCAUGGCCGCCGAACUGGGCUGGGACAAGAACAGGAAGAAGCAUGAGCUGCAGAGGGCGCAGGUGUUCCUGGAGACGAUGGGCUACAAGGCAAGGACGGAGGUGCGUGACGUGAACAUCGACCUCUCGUACCAGGAGGCCAAGGAGUACGGGAAGAUAUUCAGGCAGUUUGACAAAGACAGAGACGGACACAUCAGCAUCCACGACCUCAGGAAGGCUCUACAUGAGAUGGGUGCCAGUGUGACAGAGGAGGAACUAAGGGAACUUAUUUCGGAAGUGGACAUCAACAAGAAUGCCACUAUUGAAGAGGAAGAGUUCCUAAAGAUGAUGAGUGCGUUGAAGACAGGAGAGGUGGCCAACUCACGGAUGGCCAGCAUCGUCCAGAGAAAGAGAGAAAAUGAACAGAAGAUAUCAGUGGACAGAUCAGGAGGCGGACUCUGACCUCUCGUGCCAACCACCACUAGAUAUUCUAGUGUCAUAUACGUUAGCUCAAUCACCUCAGAUCAGCACCAGUUGUUGUCUCUAUUAUUAUCGAAUACGGCAUGUAGUGUGAUGAUGUAAUAGGUUUUACAGCCCACGCGCAUGCGCGUACAGUGGCGUCGUUUCGCGUUAGCACUCCAGUCUGAAGAAACGUACGUAGCUAUUAUACUAAGUACCAAUGCAGAUGUUGGAGAUGAUGAUGAACGGCACCAUGAACAUGGACAUGAUGCGAAUGUAUUUCCACUUCUCGAGCAAUGUCCCGCACCUACUGUUCAGGACGUGGACCGUGCAGACGGACGCAGGGUUGGUGGGAGCGAUAGUAUUCAGUUUUGCACUGGGUGUCCUCUAUGAAGGAUUCAAGACAGCCAAAGACAUAAUAACAAAGAGAGCACAAACGUUUGACCUCCCACCACGUCAUCACAGCCUGUCAGAGAGUGGGAGUGAUCUACACACUUUCAUUCCACACAGGAGAGUCAAGCUGUGGCUGAUGCGAGUACUUCUGUCGGUACUGAGAACGGUGGAGAUUGGGAUGGCGUAUAUCCUCAUGCUACUGGCCAUGACCUACAACGGGUGGAUAUUUCUAAGUGUCUGUUUCGGAGCCGGAGCUGGUUUCUUUGUCUUCCUCCCUCUCCGACCGUCCUCGAGCUCAGACGACCACUGCGGAUGAUGUUAUAUCAGACACAGACACCAGUCGUUGCAUGUGUGUGCAUGUGUGGUCUUUUUAGUGCACAGAUAAAAUUUAUUCCGGUAUUAUCUACU